AUGUCUGUGCCAGCACACCACAAACCGCGACAGCUGUGGAGUCCCCGGAAGGGCGUAGAUACCCAGACUGAUCGCUUCCGGCGCUUUGUCAAUCAACGACGAGGCUUAAAUCUUCAAAACUACCAUCAACUCCACAAGUACUCAUGUGAUGACGAUACCGCACCGCAAUUCUGGGUCGACUUGAUCCAUUUUGUCGAGCUCAAAGCAGAGGGCAAUCUGGACUACGCGAUUCCUGCUGGCCGCAUACCUUUGUUCCCACCACCAGAAUUCUUCCCCGGCGUGAAAUUGAGCUUCCCGGAAAAUCUGCUCAGCGGGAGGCCGCCGAACGAGAUUGCCGUGCAUGUGGUGCAAGAGGGCGGAACCAGUAUCAAGGACUACACAUGGGGCGAAUUGUAUUCCAUGGUGGAGCGUGCAGCAGACGCACUGAUAUCGUUGAGCGUGAAGAAACAUGACCGCGUGGCAGCCGUCCUGUCGAACCGGCUUGAGACGGUCGUGUUGUGCCUGGCCACCCUCUCAAUAGGAGCCAUCUGGUCGUCCUCCUCCCCUGACAUGGGCGAAUCUGGAAUUCUAGAUCGCUUGACCCAGAUCAAGCCCAAAAUCGUCUUCGGUGAAGCGUCCGUCGUCUUCAAGGGCAGAGCCAUGGACCUGACGGCAAAAAAUGCCGCCAUUGUGCGAGGCCUCGAGGGAUUUUCCGAGUUCAAGACCUUGGUCGUCCUCCCUCCUCAGGGCCACGAUGGCAGCCCAAAGGAGCAGCACAACAACAACAGUGGCCGUCAGUUUCUUAGCUAUGAAGACUUUCUCAAGCAUAGUAUAGGGAGACCGCUAAAAUUCACUCGACUGCCUUUCUCCCACCCUGGAUUUAUCGUCUACUCUUCAGGCACUUCGGGUGCGCCAAAGUGCAUAGUUCACAGUGCUGCGGGGCUCCUCCUCUCGGUCAAAAAGGACGCUUUCCUCGCCUUCGACGUACAGCCCGGCGACGUGGUGUUGCAGUACACAACGGCAUGUGCUUACCUCCGAUUUGUGGAAACAGGAUGGAUCAUGUGGGCCAUGGUUCUUUGCGGACUGUCUUACGGAGGCAGAACGGUGAUAUAUGAUGGCUCGCCACUUUACCCAGACAACCUGGUGCUUCUCCGACUGGUUGAAAAGUUGAGAAUCAGCUUGCUGGGAAUCUCGCCGCGGCUGCUCCUCGAGAUCAAGAAGGCAGGCCUGGUCCCCCGAGAUAUUUUGGACCUGUCCUCACUCCGCACCGUUACUUCAACGGGGAGCAUCUUGAACGAGGAACUCUGCGAGUGGUUCUAUGAUGUCGGGUUUCCAAAGGACGUGCAUCUGCUCUCUACCUGUGGUGGAACAGAUCUUGCCUGUUCACUGGUUAGUGGCAACCCGACUUUACCCAUGCAUGCCGGGGAGAUCCAGUGCAAGUGUCUCGGGAUGGCGGUCGAUAUUGCUCAAUCCGACACAGCACAAUUCGAGUCCAUCGAGAGCACUGGAGCUGCAGGACAACUCGUUACCACGAGACCGUACCCGAGCGAGCCUCUCAAAUUUUGGGGCCCAGGGGGACAGGAGAAGUACUACAGCUCCUACUUUGAGCAAUUGGGACCGUACGUGUGGUGGCAGGGUGAUUUCAUUCGACGUUCGCCGGAGACUGGAGGUUAUGUGGUGCUCGGUCGAUCUGACGGCGUUCUGAACCCAUCUGGGGUGAGAUUUGGCUCGGCCGAGAUCUACGAGGUGCUGGAUAAGAUUCCUGGCAUAGUCGAGUCAAUCUGCGUCGGGCAGCGACGACCCACUGACCAGGAUGAAGCUGUCGUCCUCUUCCUGGUCCUGGAGCCAGGAAAGACGUUGACCAGCGAGUUCGAGCACCUCAUCAAAGACUCGAUCAAGCGAGAAAGAUCUCCGCGACAUGUUCCCAAGUAUGUCUUCCCGGUCUCGACGGUUCCGUACACGAUCAACGGCAAGAAGAUCGAGAUCGCAGUCAAGAAGAUCAUCAGCGGCGAGAACAUUGUGCCUUCGGGAGCGGUGGCCAAUCCAGAAUCCUUUGCCGAGUUCAGGAAAUUUGUCAAUGUGGAAAAGAUGUACCAGGAGCAGUGCCGAGAGCGUCAACAAAAGGCCAAGCUAUAG